UUAGAAAAAGGUUUUAGUGCAGACAUUAGAACCAUCAGAACAGCCGCCAGUUACACUUAGCCCUUGGUUUGAGCGUAUGCAAAUCUGUGCUUGUUCAUAAAACCAUUUUGAAGACAACCGAAAAAGGGUUCAUAAAUAAACAGUCGUCAUAAAGGGUCAGAUCCGGCCAACGUAAGCCUGAAAAUUCAUUUGUUCAAGUAGUCACAAUAUUGACAGCAGUCGCAGACCAUCGACGAGGUGCUUGAAGGGUAUUACAAAAUCAGAUUCCCAUUUCAUGUAAUUAAAUCCAAGCAGCGCCUACGCCGAGCCAGCGCUAGCCGGAUAGUCGCACGGAUAGCAGGAGAGUUUCGCCAGAAAACAUAUAGAAGUAAAGCAGCGCGAAAGGACAAGCCUAGCACCUGCAAAAGGUAGCAAAAAUUCUACAGCAAGUGAAUCUGCGAUUCGGCGGAAGUGCGUAAAAUUGCAAUUUGCUGCAAGGUAAAUGCUACAGGAUCUAAAAUCAAAUCAACAAUCAGCCAAGGAAUUAGAAAAUGAAUUACUACGACGAAGAGAUCACAAUCAGCGGCUCAGCGGAUGGCAAACAUCUGAGUAGUGUGCCAAUGGAGCGACAGUUGAGCCGGACGAGCGGAGCCGCCAGUCGCGCUGCGGGCAGACAGCGGAAUAUGAAAAUGCAGGGCAGCUCCGCGGACGACGAUGGCCUGUUGCAAGAUAUCAUAGAUCACGAUGAUGAGGCCGAUGACAGCGAUAAUGACGACGACGACGACGAUGAUAGCGAACUGCAGCUGGGCGGCAUGGCGGCGUCCGCAUCACGGCCACAAACACGACCGGGCAGCACACGGAAUGGGAAACAAGUGCAGCCAAUGCCAAUAGGUGAUGACCAGCUAAGCUUUGGCAGCUCGGAUGAGGCGGCCGGAGAGCUGCCAGCAGGCGUCAAGAUGUUGCAGCAACAAAAGAAGCUGCCACAGCCGACGCAGCAGCGGCACAGUGCUGGGCCGGCACAGGAGCAGGCGAAUACGUUUGAGCUAACGCCGGAUAAAUGGGAACAGCUCCCAUUGCAGCCGGAACUGAAGGAGCUAUUUCCCUACAUACUCAAGUAUACGCCGCAAACGAUCGAGACGCCUUACCAUCUGCAGCCCUUUGUGCCGGAAUUUGUGCCCGCCGUGGGUGACGUGGAUGCCAUACUGAAGGUGCAGGCGCCAGCACUGCUGCAGCCACAGGCACAGCGGCAACGCGAAUUGGAUGAGCAGCUGCAGCGCUUGGGCCUUAUACUACUGGACGAACCAUCCGGUGCACAGAGUGAACCCAGCUUGCUGAACAUGAAGCUGCGCUCGGUGCUGAGCGGCGGUCGAGCCGGCAAUUCGCGCCAUGCCGCUCGCUCAGCGACGCUGGUGCCCACCGCGAAGACUGCCAAGGAUAUUGAGAAAUGGAUAGCCGAGGUGGAGCAAGUGCAUAUGACGCAAUCGAUGUACGAUGCACAGCCCCGUAAGGACAUCGAUGCCCUGCUGGAGAAUUGGCCGCGCUCCUUCGGCACAGCUGCCAACAAGGAGGCUGUCGACGAGGCCUACCGCGCUUGUCUGCAACAACAAAUAUCGCUGGUUGAUUAUGUGCGUUCGCUUUGCGAAUGCUUCGGUGUGGAGGGGCCGCUCGAAACCCAAUCGGAUUACAUACACAAUAUACAGACGCUGUUUGCCCUCUACCUGGCCGCCAGUCAGGCCUGGGAGUAGAAGCAGGAGUUUGUGGAGUUCUUGCACUAAUAAC